AACAAUCUCAUUCACAAGAAGGAACAAACCCAACUCAUUUUGUUCUUUGUUUCAGAUCCACCAUGACGCAUUCCAUUUUGUUCCUUGGACUUUUGAUAGUAGCAUACUCGAGUGGUUCUCAAGCUAAAAAUGCAUUUUUACAAUACUGGGAGGAGCAUAUUGGUCUUCCACAACCUCCACAUUGGUUAGUUGCAAAGGCCUCUCCAUUGAGCUCCCAUCAGGUGGCAGUGUAUAUGAAUCUUAUGGAAAAAAAUGAAUUUUCUUCCCACCUACAUUCAUUUUGUAUGCAAGCUAAUGUGGCUUGUUCUACAAAUGCAAUGGUGAAGAAUAUGACUAACAGUACAGACCUGCCACCACUAGCUCAGUGGACCUUUUCCAAAUACAAGUAUGAUGUGAAACAAAAAGAAAUACCUCUUUCAAUUGCCAACCAAGGAGGAUUGCCGUAUUUUCGGAAGUCGAUGGUAAAAGAGGGAGGUUCCAUACCUGUCCCUGAUCUAAGGGACCCAAUGUCAUAUAAAUCAUUUUUACCUAGAGCUCUAGCAUCAAAAAUCCCAUUUUCUUCUGCUCGAAAAGUGGAAUUGAAGAAGCUUUUUGGUGUGGUGGAUGGAUCAAUUAUGGAUGAAUAUAUUCAAGGAACCCUUGAGGUUUGUGAAAAAGUCCCUAGUCGAGGCAAGCAUCACACCUGUGCAACUUCCGCCGAGGAUCUCAUUGAUUUUAUUGCUAUGAAGGUAGGGCAUCACGUGCUUAUAUGGAGUACCGAAAACAUCGAAGGAUCAUACGAGAAUGUCACAAUUGGAGCUGUGAAGCUUGUGUAUGGAAACCUCUCCGAAUCACCAGCCUUAUGUCAUAGUCCGCCAUUCUUAUUUCAAGUCUAUUAUUGCCAUGUUUUACCGAAAGUUGAAGUAUACACAGUCGAUGUACAUGCUCGGAAGAAAAUGAAUCAUAUGAUCAUGGCAUGCCACUAUGACACAUCAAAUUGGAAUCCAAACCAUAUUGCUUUUGAGCAGUUGGGUUUUGGUCCAGGCCUAAUUGAAGUGUGUCACUGGAUAACUGAGAAUGGAUUAAUCUUGACAAAGACUCUAGGUUGAGCAGCAUUUAAAGAUUUGAUCAUCUUCCAGUUCUCUUGUUUGGUUAUAUUAUAUGCUACUUAUGCUAUUGAAGGAAUAAAAUGACUUUACUCAAUUAUAAUAAUAAUAAUGACAUAUUUUGGCUUA